UGGCCAUACCAAAGGCGCUUUCAGUCCUUGCUGAGCCCGUCGGGAGCGAUCUCUUCUUCCCCAAGCCGCCAACCUCUUCGGCUUGGCCGGGGAGCGAAACCUGAGAGUUUGCCCGGGAUCGAGGUGGGCUUGGCUCGGUCUGCCUUUUGGCCGCCGUCCCUGAACGGAGACGGGAGCGAGUAGGAGAAGGAGAAGGAGAGAGGGGCUGAGCGAGGUCAAGCGGCUCCCUCUGCGGCCGACGGAGCAGCUCUUUCCGCCGCAGGGACAGCAGCAGCAGCAGCAGCCGUGCGCUCCUCCUCGGCUCGCGUCCGCCCCGUCGAACUUCGUUUCUCCCUUCUUCUCCUUCUUCCCGCGCCGGCUUCAUGGAGGGCUCCUCUUCGCCGCCGCCCGCCUACUCGGACCUCAGGCGGGGCCUGGGGAAGAGCAACAGCGGCGCCGACCUGCAGAUGAACGGCGACGAGGAGGCGCCGGGCCCCGAGGAAGAGGAGAUCCACGCGCCCAAAAACUACCUGUGGCUCAGCAUCCUUUCCUGCUUCUGCCCGUCCUACCCCAUCAACAUCGUGGCCUUCGUCUUCUCAGUGAUGGCAUUAAACAGUUACACACAGGGAGAUAUAGAAGGGUCAAAAAGACUGGGCCACACUGCACUCCUGGUUGCUAUCGCAGCGAUCCUCAUUGGCCUCGUGUUGAUCGGUAUCCUUUGUGCGGUUCAUUUCACUACGCACGUCAUCUGAUAUCCAAGACUUAGGAUGGGAAGCGUUGCCCGUCUUCAAACCUCUGGGAAAGGCACAGGGAAUCUCCGGCAAAGUGAAGGAAAACAAGGAUCCUUCAGUCCAGACGGUUUGAUUCCAGUCGCUGGUGAACAGAUUGCGUCCGCUAUCGCUGUCCACGGUGCUGCGUAAACCAAGACGAGCAUAAAAAAGUAUUUCUUAAGGAAUGCUGUUAAUAGAGAAAUGCUUCCAAUUCGCUUUUCAAACCCCCAAACUUCAGGCCUCCGUUUUCAUGUAUGUUGGAGGUGGUACCUCUAUUCCUGCAACACACACAAACUCCACUCCCUCCAUCCUACAUCUUGGCAUUCGGGCUCACCCUUGUGUGCAACAUCGCCCGGGUCAGAGGCGUUCGCUGGCUGAACUUUUUGGAUCACUGAUGGAUGCAAGGUCCGAGCAGGCCGGACAAGGUGAUUUUUGGGUUGACUUCUGCUUCAGGUCCAUUGACCCCAUUGGAGCCUCUCAGGACAAAAAAUGAGAAUGCUUUCCCAGCCCAUCAUACAUCUUUGAUCUACUGCGGCUCAACCCUCUCUACAGCUUCAGAGUUAUCAUCUGAGUUUCUCAGUCUAGCAUGGAUAUUUAGAAAGUUGCCUCGUUGGUCCAUCUUGCUUAGUAUUGUCUUAUGCAGCCCUCCGGGGUGUCAGACAGAGUUCUCUUGCUUAGUAUUGUCUUAUGCAGCCCUCCAGGGUGUCAGAUAGAGUUCUCUCCCAGUCCUACCUGGAGAUGCUUGGGACUUGAAUCUGAGACUUUCUGCAUGCAAAGUAGAUGCUCCACCAAUCCACUCUCUUUCUUCCUGAUCUGCCUUCUCUCCAGUCCAGCUUUCUCCCUGCUCUUUCUCCAAAACAGGCUCCUUCUUUUGCGGGAAUGUUUUGCUAUCUAUUUUUACAGACUCCCAUUUCUUUGAUCAGGCCUCUGCUACAUGUUUGUGCUUGUCCGGCUGCAUAUGAUGUCAUGUGCGACUCAAGAGGACAACUCGUCCUGAGAGUCGGGGAAGGAUGGUGCUGGCGAAGGGAGAUCAGCCUGGUCUGCUCACGUGCCUUUAAGAACAACUCGAUCCGCAGAGAUGAGCAGGCGGAGCUUUCCUCUGCAUGGAAAUUACAUUUAAACCACCUAACUUCCCCCAAAGAAUCCUGGGAACUGUAGUUCUGGGUAUUGUAAUUCUGGGCGUUGCAGCUCGGGGGUAAACUACAGUUCCCAGGAAUCUUUGGGGGAAAGCCAUGUGAUUUGAAUGUUAAACUUGUAGGCAGAGCACAUGAUUGAAAAUCAAGCUUCAGUUAAAGGCACCAGCCAACUUUGGGGUGGCUGUAAAUUGCCAAGUGAAAUGUAAUCAGGCUUGACUUGCAUUUUGAUACCCCGUAGGACAGGCAUCCCCAAACUUGGCCCUCCAGAUGUUUUGGGACUACAACUCCCAUCAUCCCCAGCUAACAGGACCAGUGGUCAGGGAUGAUGGGAAUUGUAGUCCCAAAACAUCUGGAGGGCUGAGUUUGGGGAUGCCUGCUGAAGGAAAUACUCUUUUCUCAUGCCAGAUCCUGAAUGGAAUGGGUUGUAGCCAAUGGUCAACCUACUCAGAGUGGAUCCACUUAAAUUAAUUGACAUGAUUAACUGAGUUCUAUUAAUUUCAAUUGGCUAACUCUAACUUAGGACGCG